AUGAAGCUCUUGAAAAAGGCCGGAAUGAAGAAGCUCAAUUUCGCAGGUGGUGAGCCAUUUUUGUAUCCCACGUUCUUGCGUGAGCUUCUCCGCUAUGGGAAAGGGGAACUGGGGAUAGAAAGCAUAAGCAUCGUUUUCAACAGCUCGAAUAUCACAGAAAGAUUCUUGUUCGAGAAAACUCGAAGUUCAUUGACAUCCUCGCUAUAUCCUGGGAUUCGUUCGGCCCAAAAACAAAUAUUACAAUCGGAAGAGGCAGAAAUGGUGAGAAUGUGGAGCAACUUACGAAAGUUGCCGGUUGGUGUCAACAGUUCGGCAUCAGGUUCAAAAUCAACACCGUUGUAUGCAGCCUGA